AUGAUGAGUGAAAUUGGACUCGCGCAGCAAAGACUUCUCGACGACAAUGCUUCCAGCGCAGGCCAGCAAAUCCCGUCUGCCGGGGCUUCAUUUUCAACCGAAUCAAUCCAGUCCGCGCCAUUUCCCACGAUACCGAGCUCUCACUCCUAUCAGAUGGGUCCACCAGAUGGCGAGCAUUUCCCUUACUACCAAGCCCCCCAUGACAUGUCUAUCAACAGAAACCAGGCCUUACUACCCGACCAAACGGGUGUGUAUAGUCUGAAUCAACCAGGUGCUAAUAAUGAUACUGCUCCAAAUCCAAAUGGCGCCCUUGACCAACCCACAGCACCCUGGAAGGAAUAUCAGCAUGCAGAUUUGAACCCACCCCAGGCAAUCUUGCAUUCUCGAUCGCAGCAACCGUUUCCUCAAUCCCCGCAUGACACCGAGCCUAUAUCAUCUGUCGCAUCAAGGCAAGACAUCGGGUUCAAAUCUAGCACCGUCGCAACCAACCUCAUUUCGCCGCAACAGUCGCAAAGCAGUGCACAGGACGAGCUCGCCUUGCCGGCUGUCCAGCCAAUCUCACAACCAAUCGCACAGCCACCUGCAGCCAUUGAGCCCCCAGUCCCAAAGAAAAAGCGAGGGCGACCCAAGAAGCAAGCUCUGCCAAUAAACGACGAGGACGACGAGCUAGCCAACUCUCGAGACCAUGAAUUCAAAACCCCUGGCGUAAAUGGUGCGAUUGAUCAAUCCGAUAGUGAAUAUUCUACGGAGAAUGACACCCCCGCCUCGAGUGGCGUCUCCAAUCAGUCUGACGAAGAAGAAAUAGGAACAGCCAAAACCAGGAAAUCGGAAUCUCAAGACUCGACGAAGAAGAAACCAAAGAAAGCGAAAUCGAAACCGGCACCUGUCCCCGUUCCAGGUUCGGGAGAGGACGAUGUCAUCUGGAUCGAUACAAAAUCAAUCGAUGCUGCACCCGUCAACGACAGCACCAAUCUAAACCAGGAACAAGAGCCCACAGAACAUGAAGCAAGGUCUACAAAUCCAAUCACAAAUCCUGCGCAGCCUUCAAAAUCCACUACUGCAGCCGAGCCAACGACUCAACCCGCCGACGAAAAGCCAGCGCCCAAAAAGCGCGGCCGUAAGCGAAAGCAACCCAUCGAGGAAGAAGCACCCAAGCUUGCAGACACACCAGCACCCAAUAAUGUUGGCGCCCAAACCCCCGGCCCAAAGCUUGCCGUUGUCGUUGAUAAUAGUCCGAAGUCUGCGCCAGUGACCGAUGCCCAAUUCGAAUCGCCGGCCAAAGAGCCGAGCGAUGAUACCGUCACCGCUCCAACUGAAGCCCCUUCGACUACUAAUUCUACAACCGGAAUUCCCCAAACGCCCUCAAAACCCGAUACUGGAUCCAUCAAUACGCCGAAGAAUACAGGCAAGGGCCCGGAAAAGCACAGUCCCAUCUCGGCACGAGGUGGAGUGCCCUACCGGGUUGGAUUGAGUAAGAGGGCAAGAAUUGCACCGCUGCUCAAGAUGGUCCGGAAGUAG